AUGGCCAGAUUAAACGACCCGCCCCAACCAGGGCAAGAAUCUCUCGAAGCAAUAAAGAAAAGAUAUAUUCGUCAGAACCGUGAGAUCGCCAGGGUUAACUCCACACAAUCCACCAAGAUUCGUAGCCUCGAAACCGAAACGACCCGGCUACUCACCGAAAACAUUGAUCUGCGGGAGCAGGUCAUAAAGCUUCAGGCCCAGUUGGACAGGCGUGAACGGGGUAAGGCCGUGAUCGAGAAUGUCGAGGCUACCAAAAGGCAGUUAGAGGGGAAGGUAGCCGAGAUGCAGGAGCUUCUAGCUAGUCUAGGGAAGGCUAUUACAGUAUCACCGAGAGUAAAGCCACAGCCGAAACAAAAAGCGCAUAUAGUUUCGCCAGAUCAAACGACAUACAGGAGAGGGCUCAGCUUCAGCUUCAGCGAGGCCAUGAGGACUGAGGACAAUCUUCCUGCAAUUUCUGAAGAUUCCCGGCGAAGCAGUCUUAACGUCGAGGAACCCCGACGAACCAGUCUUGGCAGUGAAGAUAGAAGGAGUAGUCUUAACUUCGAGGAAAUAAUAACAUUAUUACCACCACGGGCCGAUGAUGCAGAGUCAGAUGAAGAUCUUAAACCACCCACAUCUAGCAUGCUUGAAAUCCGUUCAAAACGAAGAAGGGAUAGCACCCGUCCAACCGAGGUGGAAGCCACAAAAUCAACUGCCUCAUCCAGAAAUCAACUCAUGGUAGACACACCAUCAGAAAAACCUAAGAAGAGAAGAUUUGAAGAUAGAGAUCAGGCACAAGAUAUUGAGACUCCUUUGAGUCUCGAUUUUAAAUUCACGAGACACCCACAAAGAGCUGCGGAUGUGCCGAAAAUUCGAGCGGAGGCCCAAAAACCAACUGUAUCGAUGUCUCAUGUUAAUGAACUCGAUCAUGACAUACCAAUGAAGGAAGUUGAUGAGAUGGUCGAGGUCGAGAAGAUCGUUGAGACCGGGAAGCGAGCCGUAAAAAUGGAUAUUAUCGAGAAAAGGGAUCCUGUUCCUAUCAGAGAGACUGUGACUUUAGGCGCCACUCCCGCCAUUGGCCGAAGAGCACUGGGUCCCAAAAGCACGAAUUCGGAUCCAUUCAAUUCGCCUCAGAAGCAUAUCAAAACUGCCCUUCCAAAAGAGAAAGAUCUCGAGAAACCAGAGAAGACAGAACUACCACCACAAAAGAUCAGGACCUAUCGCGAUUCGAAUACGGAACCCCCCUCGGCGGAUGUGGAAACAGGUGGUACAGGAAGACCUUCGAGGAGAUCGAAGGCCAAUAAUGUCAACUAUGCUUUACCAAACCUACGAGACAAAAUGAGGAGAGAAGAUAGACCAGGUGAAACAGGAAAAAGUGAAGGAAGGACUGCGAGAAGGAUGUGUUUGCUGAGGGGGAAGAUAUCUUUGGCAAUCAAUGAGCCUAGGAAACCCAGGGAGACUGGAAUUGGCGGGCUUUUGGACAAGAGAUCGGGACGUGACAAUGGAGAAAUGGAGCUACCGGAAACUGUUAUGACAUAUAGAAAGAGGAGGGCGAGUAAUCUUCAUCAGGGGACUUUAAUGGACCUGGAAAAUGAUGCAACGUCAGGGAGAUUGCAAACUACAGCGCCGACUGAAUCGAGGCGGAAAACAGUAUCAUUUGAUCCAGAAAGCACUCACGGCGGCGAAGAAGGUCAAUCGCGAAACCGCGAAAGCGCAAGUUCAAGGAGAAGGAGCGGUACCCAUAGCAACCUAGCGUCAUCAUCCUCGCAGGUAGAACUAGCGGGUGAUGAAGUUGUGCGAAGUUCACGGAGGACCAGUUUAGGAAACUCCACGAAAGGCGUUCGGAGUGCAAAGAGCACUAACAAUAUGGGUGACGAAACUGAAUUUGACAAUAAUCAUCCUGUAAUGGCGACUGGGACUUCGAGCAGAAGACGAAGCAUGAUGCUUUGA